AGGAUCGUGACGUGGUGAUUGGUCACUGAAUUACAUAUUGAAAACUAGAGUCAGCGUUAACUACAUUGUGAUCAGAUCGCCGGACGUCUGCUAUACCUAUUUAUGCGUUUUAGUUUAUGUGGAAUAAAAAGUUUGUUCGGUUGUUUUGACGGGAAUCAAACAGUUUGCUGCUGAUUUGUCUGAUCACCCGGGCUGUGUGAUCGUAUUUGCAGUGACUGAGUGACCAGAAGCGAGUCGGCGGCAGCAUGAAGCUCUACAGUCUCAGCAUCAUCCACAAAGGAGCGACCAAAGCCAACCUCCUCAAAGCGGCGUAUAACCUCUCCUCCUUCAGCUUCUUUGAGCGCUCCAGUGCUCAAGAGUUCAUGACCUUCACCAGUGCCUUGAUUGUUGAACGGACAUCACAAGGAAGUCGUGCCUCUGUCAAAGAACAAGAGUACCUGUGCCAUGUUUAUGUAAGAAACGACAACCUGAGUGCUGUGGUCAUUGCAGAUGCUGAAUACCCACAGAGAGUCUGUUUCACAUUACUGGACAAGGUAUUAGAGGAGUUCUCCAGACAAGUAGACAGUAUAGACUGGCCAUCUGGUAAUCCUGAAACCAUAAACUACAAAGCCCUGGAUAUUCACCUUUCUAAGUACCAGAAUCCCAGGGAAGCAGAUGCAAUGACCAAAGUGCAGGCAGAGCUGGAUGAGACCAAGAUCAUUUUGCACAACACCAUGGAGAGUCUGUUGGACAGAGGAGAGAAACUGGAUGAUCUUGUGGCAAAGUCAGAGCACCUGGGACUCCACUCCAAAACCUUCUACAAGACCGCACGCAAACAGAACUCAUGCUGUGAAAUCAUGUGAUGUUGCUGCCUCGUCCUCGUGGACACGCCUCUCUCUGCCUUUCUGCUUUUCCUACAACUCCCAUCAUGCACCUGCCACCAGCUCUCAACACAACGGACAGAACGGACACUGUCUAAUCCAGGAUGGGGCACCAGGAUAAGAGCAAGAAAGGGUGCAAAGUGGCGGUCAAUCGGCAGCGUGACCUCUCCAGAUUGUGGCUGAUGGGGGCUGAAGGAGUGAUGGGGCUCGGUUAGGGGAAGAAGUAACAUUUCAAUUAUUUUUCACCUUUCCAAUGGUAAACAUCUGUGUGGUGUUUCAAUACCAGCUGGGGACAUAAUAGUGUGACGUUGUGUAAUGGUGAUGUAUUGUUGAAACGUCCUCAAACCAUUUAACGUCUUUCAGAUUCAGUCAGAUCUUAAUAGUUUGAUUUCAGAAAGUAUUAACCACGGUUGUGCUUCUGCUUCAAGGCAACUCUGACAAUCUCACAGUCUUGUGAAUUCAUAAAAUGCGUCACUGUUUCGGUUCAGUUCCUCUCUCUUUGUCUUGCAGGAGUGAGCUUUGUUGCCCACUAGGUGGCACUGUUUAUGUACUGUAUCGUUCCAGUGAGCCUCAACGUUGAGGUCAAUCCAAAACUCUUAACGUGAGCCAAGACAGCAAGUCGCUGCUCUGACGUGUGACAUCGAGAUCUCACUGAAUUGUACAAUGAUUUUGAAACAUGUUCGCCAGACCGCAUUAAGUUGCGUGACUUCCUUGCUUUUCUCUGUCUGGUAGUGUUAAAUGAAAUCGUAAACAUUCCCGCUUUGGGUGAGUGUGUUGUUGAGUGAUGGUGCAUCUUAAAGCUGGUGAGAAGUGGGAGAAUAGAUGGAACAUGAAGAAAGGUGUUUCUUCAUAGACACAGCCUUAUUGCUGUAUGGCUAACAUUUAACCCCCUCCUGUUUUGUUUAAACGUUAUGUUGUCUCAUGAGAAGGACUCUCUUCGCAUACUGUAGUCAUGCUUUUCUCUCUGUUUGCCAACACGCGUUACAUUUUUAGAGUUCGAAAGCCCACUCAGGACCUCUACAGUCCAGGGCUCAUCUGUACCUCUCAAACCUGGGGUCACUGACAUGUGACCAUCGCUUAAUGUGACUGUGGUGAUUCUGGGAAUCCUCGGGUGCUGCUAAACUCUGGCCUCAAGUUUUUCCUAAAAUGGCUCCAACGUUUGAACAAAGACGAGACAUGUGUUGAGUGAUAUUAGAAAUUGAAUGAUUUUACAUCCCAGUCUUAUUUUAAGACACUCCAAGAGACUUUUGAUUUUGUUUUUUACUGUCAGCACUGUUUCUACUGAGGCCUGACUGGGUAGAAAUGUCUUCUGGAACUGCUGAUCAGUUUAAGAUCAAGAGAUGCCUUUGGUGGUGUAUUUUAGAUUUUUCUCUGCUCACUUUCUGCUGUAUGUGUGUAUGAUUUGCUGAUACACAACAUCUGCAGGCUGCAUUGAUGUUGAGUGCCUGUAUGUGAGGAGUGUUGUGUGUGAUCUGAAUCGCUCUUUCUGCUUUUACAGUGUAAACUUUUGUGCAAUAUCUCUGCAGACUGUUGGCGUAUGUCUCUCUUUAAAGUGGAGAGAAUAAAUGGAACUAUUUCUCAUGAAGGACAGUAAAUUGACCUUUAUAUGUGCUAUUCUUAUUACUAAUUCCCACAUGAAGCGUGUCCAGGGUUGUUUUUGGCAUAUUUGUUUAAUUUCUUUUCUUUAAUUUCAAAAUUUCCAAUUAAUGUGCUGAAUUUGAAACUCUCCUCUUUGAAAUUAUGCUGUAGCUAUUUGCAGGUUGUGUCUUAUACUGACCAGUGUGUUUAACAGUCUGCAUUAAACGUUUAGAUCCAGAUGUGGUUUGCAAAUUUAAAACUUCAGAUAAUAAACAGUUCUUUUCUGUCUGUAAUAACAGUUUGUUUUUGCUUUGUUCAAACACUGAUUGUUUACAGGAUAUGUAUUCUUAAGCUAAGAUAAAACACACAAAUAAAUGA